AUGAGCAAGCCCGCGGUUUCUGCGGGCAGCAAGAGCUGCCGGAACGGAAAGCCUGCUGCAGCAGCGAAGCCGGCGCCCCGCGCUGCAGCAGCAGCAGCAGCAGCAGCAGCAGCAGCAGCAGCAGCAGCAGACUUGGAUUUUGAAACUCUUUCUGGAAUUAUUGUUGCUUUUCCAACUCCAGAAGAAGCAGCAGCAUUUCACCCUCUUGCUGCUGCGCUGCCGCCCGCGCUGCUGCCGGUCAACGGGCUGCCGCUGCUCGAGUACGGCGUCGAGUUUAUGCAGCGAAAUGGUGUUAGUGAUUUGUACAUUCUGGUAAGAGACGAUGAGGGGGGCCGCGAAGUGAGCGCUGUGGUGGGUCGGCUGCAGCAGCGGCAGCAGCAGCAGCAGCAGCUGUGCAGCAGCAGCAGCAGCAGCUGCAGCAGCAGCAGCAGCAGCAAACAGAGCCCCAUGAAGCUGCACUGCAUUUUGCUGCCAGCAACUGUAGAGACACUCGGAGACGCCUUCAGAGACUUCGACUCCCGCGUGGAUCUCAGAUCAACAUUUUUGCUGCUGUCGGGGGCGACUUUGGCCGUGGGGGAUUUGAGCGAAGCUUUAGCAGCGCACAACAGCAGAAAGCCAGCAGCAGCAGCAGCAGCAGCAGCAGCAGCAGCAGCAGCAGCAGCAGCAGCAAGACGGGGCGAACUGGCUCUGACUUGGGUCUUGAAAGUGUCUCCUCCCUGCAGCAGACAAAGGGGACUCCAAGAUGAUGCUGCUGCUGUCUUGGACUCUGAGAAGCAGCAGCUGCUGGCUCUUGCUGCUCUUUCCAACAAAAGGGCCUUCACCGUCAACGAAGACCUCCUCAUGCGCUGCAGCAGCAGCCAGGGCCUGCGGCUGCGCUACGACUUGAGUUUCCCGGAGUUGUACAUUUGCGAGCCGGCGGUUUUGCGGCUUUUUGCAAAAAGUUUUGAUUUCCAAAAUUUGCAAAAAGAUUUAAUUCCCCAUUUGCUGCGGCAGGAGCUGCAGCUGGACGCGGUCUACUGCCACGUCAUCGAGGCGAGGGUUUAG